AUGAGGUACCCCCUGCCGAAGAAGGACGCUCAAGGCCGUUACAAGCUUGGCGUUAUGAAGCGCGUAUGCGAGUUAAUCGACUACUCGAAGCUCGACGACAGGCAAGAGGAUCUUUCCUUUACUUCAACAAGGAACGUUACCGAGUCUGAUACAUCGUCUCCUGGGCCUGACUUCCACGCCCGGGAGAUGGGUGUGGAGUCUGAGUACGUCGCCAUGGAAGUCGAAAAGAUGGUUGGCGACAUCGUUGAGCCAUUCGCCCGCAUGCUCAUGAAUGAUUUAAUGCAGCAGUCCCACAAGGGCUGGGACGCCACGAGAAAGAAUGACGUAUACUCGCUUCGCGCCUACAUGUCGUUCAAGUACAUUCCCAGCGUUAGUCUCGAAUUCUCGCCCAUGCAUCUUGCCACCAACGUUAUCAACUGGUGUGAGACAUUCGACGAGAGCACCAGCUGGUAUGACCGCAGUUUAACUGAGAUACUUCUUGAGGCGCUGGCAUUCGCGAAGGCCGGGCCGCAGACCUUUGGGGAUGUGGAAUGGAAGUUUCUCAAGUUCAACAAGAGCGUGAUGAGCAUCUCUGAGGGUUCCAACGCCAUGAAGGUUUCUGUGUGGGGCGAAUUUAGCCCGCGCACAUAUUCGCACGUUAUAUCGACUAUCCCUCUGCCGGGCCUCCGGACGAUUGAUCUUUCCGGUGCUGUGAUGCAGAGAAAUGCAUUGCGAGGCCAAUCAUUUACCGACCUUUCCAUUCGAAUUGCUGUCUACCCCUCUGACGGAGUGGAUUCUUGCGCGCCGUCCGCGGUGCUUAACGCGAGCUACUGUUGGACAAAUGACGCAGAACGCUUGGGACCACUCAUCAACACCGGUAAAACAGAGUACAACGAGCAACUGAAGGAAAUCGUGUUGCGCAAUCUCGAAGAAGUCCACAACAUCCCUUUUAGUUUCUCACCGGAUCAGCACGUGGAUACGCAUGCAUGGGACCGGAACCACAACCCGCUUACCAUGGGUGCCUUUGCGUUCUUCGGGCCCGGAGAUUUUCAGUAUUUAUAUGCGUCUCUCACUGUACCAAAUCACAACAAGAGGUUGCAUUUCGCUAGAGAGGCCAUCAGCACCCGCCAUGCAUGGGUCGUCGGAGCGUUGGAUAGCGCAUGGCGCGCAGUGUAUGAAUACCUGCUCGCUUGUGGACAACCUCAGAUCACUAUUAAGAUGUACUUCGAGCUGUGGGGCAGGAACAUUGAGUAGGCAUGUCCAUCAUCCAAGUAUGCCGAUGAUUAAGAGGAUGAGGAUCCGGUGAAUACCCUACUACGAGUCCACAUGGGAUGCACGUAUGUUGGGGAAACAUGUGAGGAGGUGAAGUUCUGAAACAAGAAGUAGUAGACUGGACGAUCGAUGACUAGUGGAUUGCUCCUAGGAACUGACUUCCUGUAUUUGCCCGUUAAGUAUUGGUUGGACUGAAGCGCUGAACCUUCGGGGAUUAAUAGUCGAUCGUAUCACUCAUGCGUCGC